CACCGUGCCGUAAAGCAAGCCUGCCCGGCCCGGUCGUCCUUCCAUUCCCACCGUGAUAGCGAUUCAUUCCUUUGCCCGGGGAUGUUUCAUUGCCUGGCCGUGCCGUAAAGCACAUCUGCGCCCCCCCCCCCGUCCUGCUCCCUCAGGGUGUCUGUGCACCGCGGUUGCCACGGCGCCGCUAAGCACGGCUGUCGCGCGGCCCCGGUGUCAGCCGAGAUGGCGGCGGGGUCGGGUGGGAAUGGGGGCUCUGGGGGAGGCCCGGGGCCGGGUGGGGGUGGGGGCGGGGGCCCCGGGCCCAGCGGGGGUCUGGGCAGCGGCGGGGAGCUGCACCCGCGCACCGGGCGCUUGGUGAGUCUGUCGGCCUGCGGGCGGACGGCGCGGCGGCAGCAGCCGGGCCAGGAGUUUAACCACGGGCUGGUGCUAAGCCGCGAGCCGCUGCGCGACGGACGCGUCUUCACCGUCCGCAUCGAUCGAAAGGUCAACUCCUGGAGCGGCUCCAUUGAAAUCGGGGUGACGGCGCUGGACCCCGGCGCACUGGACUUCCCGAGCAGCGCCACGGGACUCAAGGGGGGCUCGUGGGUGGUGUCGGGCUGCUCGGUGCUGAGGGACGGCCGCUCGGUGCUGGAGGAGUACGGCCAGGACCUGGACCAGCUGGGCGAGGGCGACCGCGUGGGCGUGGAGCGCACUGCGGCCGGGGAGCUGAGACUCUGGGUCAACGGGCGGGACUGUGGCGUGGCUGCCGCCGGCCUGCCGGCCCGCGUGUGGGCCGUGGUGGACCUGUACGGCAAGUGCACCCAGAUCACCGUGCUCCCCUCCGAGCCGGGCUGCGGCCCCCCCGCCCCCGUGCCCGCAGCCCCCCUCGAGCCCGCCGCCCCGCCUGAAGAUUCCGCAGCGGCUGAGCCGGGGACCUCGGGGGACGAAGCCUUCAUGGUGUCCCCAGUGCAGCCCCGGCCGGAGACGUUUCCUAACAGCCUUGAGUCGCAUAAUGACUUUUCCGGCAUGGAGCUGUCCGAGGUGGUGAGCAAUGCCAUCCUGUCUGCCUACAACGGGGGGCUCCUCAACGUGAACCUGAGUUCCCCACCCGCAGGGGAAGGGUUGGGGCCCAUCGGUGCUGCCACCUCGCCCGUCCUCACUUCCAACGACGCCCUGCUCUUCCACGAGAAGUGUGGAACUCUCAUUAAACUCAGCAACAACAAUAAGACAGCCGAGCGCCGCCGGCCCCUGGAUGAAUUCAACAACGGGGUCGUCAUGACCAACCGCCCGCUUCGAGACAACGAGAUGUUUGAGAUCCGUAUCGACAAGCUCGUAGAUAAGUGGUCAGGCUCGAUUGAGAUUGGCGUCACCACCCACAACCCCAACAAUUUAGAGUACCCAGCCACCAUGACCAACCUCCAGUCAGGCACCAUCAUGAUGAGUGGCUGUGGCAUCCUGACCAAUGGGAAGGGCACCCGCCGGGAGUACUGUGAAUUCAGUCUGGACGAGCUGCAGGAGGGUGACCACAUUGGCCUCACAAGGAAGUCCAACUCUGCUCUACACUUCUUUAUCAAUGGCAUUGAUCAGGGUGUAGCUACUCCAUUAACACCCCCGGUGGUGUACGGUGUGGUCGACCUGUAUGGGAUGGCCGUGAAGGUGACCAUCGUCCAUAACAACAACCACAGUGACCGUCUGCGCCGGAACAAUGCUAUCCUGCGGGCACUGUCCCCUGAGGGUGCUCUCCGCCGCUCCGCCCCUGUCACCCAGGCAGAACCCGAGCGCCUGCUCUUCCACCCCAACUGUGGGCAGAAAGCGGCCAUUACCCACGAGGGCCGCACCGCCUUGAGGCCCCAUGCCACUGAUGACUUCAACCACGGCGUGGUGCUGAGCAGCCGAGCCCUGCGGGACGGAGAGGUGUUCCAGGUGCGCAUCGACAAGAUGGUGGACAAAUGGGCUGGCUCCAUUGAGAUUGGUGUCACUACCCACAACCCUGCCUACCUCCAGUUGCCCUCCACCAUGACCAACUUGCGCUCUGGGACCUGGAUGAUGACGGGGAACGGAGUGAUGCAUAAUGGGACAACCAUCCUGGAUGAAUACGGGCACAACUUGGACCGCCUCAAGCCCCCCUUCUUCCAAGGCAGGGGACACGGUGGGCGUGGUGCGGCGGGAGGACGGGACUCUUCACUUCUUUGUCAAUGGGAUGACUCAGGGCCCUGCUGCCUGGAAUGUGCCUCCCGGUGUCUAUGCUGUCGUCGACCUCUACGGCCAGGCGGCCCAGGCCACCAUUGUGGACGACAGGUACCCCCAAUCCCUGAGCCACUCCCUGAGGGGAACAACCAGGUAUCUCCAAGCUCCCCGUCGUCAGGGGCUGGGGGUUCCGACCUGCGCUUCCACCAGCUGCAUGGCAGUAACGCGGUCAUCACUAACGGGGGCCGCACUGCGCUCCGCCACAACUGCCGCAGUGAGUUCAACGACGCCAUCGUCAUCUCCAGCCGGGCCUUACGGGAUGGAGAGUUAUUUGAAAUUGUCAUUCAGAAGAUGGUAGACCGCUGGUCAGGCUCCAUUGAGGCUGGUGUGACCGCUAUUCGGCCGGAGGACCUUGAAUUUCCCAAUACCAUGACAGACAUUGACUACGAUACAUGGAUGCUGAGUGGCACGGCCAUCAUGCAAGACGGGAACACAAUGCGCAACAACUACGGGUGUGACCUGGACGCACUGGGCACAGGUGCGCGCAUCGGCAUGAUGCGAACUGCCAAGGGCGACCUGCACUACUUCAUCAACGGCCAGGACCAAGGCGCUGCCUGUUCAGGCUUACCUCCGGGUAAAGAGGUGUAUGCGGUAGUGGAUCUCUACGGCCAGUGUGUCCAAGUGUCCAUCACCAGUGCCACCGGUCCCAUGGACAACAGCCUGGCAACCAGCAACACUGCCACGGAGAAGUCAUUCCCCCUGCAUUCCCCAGUGGCUGGUGUGGCUCAUCGAUUCCACGGUACUUGUGGCAAGAACAUCACCCUCGAGGAGGAUGGCACAAGGGCAGUUCGUGCCACUGGCUAUGCCCAUGGCCUCGUCUUCAGCACCAAGGAGCUCAAGACUGAGGAAGUCUUUGAGGUAAAAGUGGAAGAGCUAGACGAGAAGUGGGCAGGAUCCCUCCGGCUGGGGCUGACCACACUGGCACCUGGAGAGAUGGGGCCUGGAAUAGGUGGUGGCCCAGGGCUGCCUCCCUCCCUGCCUGAGCUCAGGACUAAGACCACAUGGAUGGUGUCAAACUGUGAAGUGAGGCGUGACGGGCAGCUCCAGAGGAUGAACUAUGGCCGGAACUUGGAGAGGCUGGGGGUGGGGAGCCGUGUGGGCAUUCGGCGAGGGGCCGAUGACACGAUGCAUAUCCUGGUAGAUGGAGAGGACAUGGGGCCCGCAGCCACUGGCAUUGCCAAGAAUGUGUGGGCCGUGUUGGAUCUCUACGGGCCAGUUCGCAGUGUGUCAGUUGUCAGCUCCACAAGGCUAGAGGAGCCGGAAGGCACCCAGCCACCUUCGCCCAGCUCAGACAUCGGCAGUGAGGGCGAGGAAGACGACGAGGGCGAGGAGCAUGGCCUGGGAGGCCAGAAUCAAAUGGCCAUUGUGCCCACAGCCCUUGAGUUCCUGGAGAACCAUGGGAAGAACAUCCUCUUGUCCAAUGGAAACCGCACAGCUACACGAGUGGCCAGCUACAAUCAGGGCAUUGUGGUCAUCAGUCAGCCCCUGGUGCCCCAGCUGCUGGUUCAGGUACGGAUUGACUUCCUGAACCGCCAGUGGACAUCUUCCCUUGUCCUGGGAAUCAUCACCUGUCCACCAGAGAGACUUAACUUCCCUGCCUCAGCCUGUGCCCUCAAACGGGCAGCCUGGCUGCUGCGGGGCCAUGGCGUCUUCCACAACGGUCUCAAGAUCUGUGAGAAGUUUGGGCCAAAUCUGGACACAUGUCCUGAAGGCACCAUCCUGGGACUGCGACUGGACAGCUCUGGAGGGCUGCACCUCCACAUCAAUGGACUGGACCAGGGGGUGGCUGUGCCAGAUGUCCCGCAGCCCUGCCAUGCUCUCGUGGACCUCUACGGGCAGUGUGAGCAGGUGACAAUCGUCAGCCCUGAGCCAGGAGCUACUAGUGGGAAGAGUGUUGGAACCCAGGGAGACAUGGAGAAGGCUGACAUGGUGGAUGGCAUCAAGGAGAGUGUGUGCUGGGGCCCAUCACCCACCACGAGUCCUCUCAAGAGCUGUGAAUACCAUGCCCUUUGCUCCCGAUUCCAAGACUUGCUACUACUUCCUGAGGAUUAUUUCAUGCCUCCGCCGAAGCGCAGCCUGUGUUACUGUGAGUCUUGCCGGAAGCUGCGAGGAGAUGAGGCCCACAGGCGCCGAGGGGAGCCCCCCCGGGAAUAUGCCCUGCCCUUCGGCUGGUGCAGAUUCAACCUCAGGGUGAAUCCACGCCUGGAGGCCGGGACACUAACCAAGAAGUGGCACGUGGCAUAUCACGGGAGCAAUGUUGCAGCUGUCCGGCGGGUGCUAGACCGAGGGGAGCUGGGAGCAGGAUCUGCCUCCAUCCUGAGCUGCCGGCCUUUGAAGGGAGAACCUGGGGUGGGAUUCGAGGAGCCUGGAGAGAACUGUGCACCUCCAAGGGAGGAGCAGCCCCCUCCAGUGCUGCUCUCUCCCUCCCUCCAAUACGCUGGGGCCGAGACUCUGGCAUCCAAAGUGCAAUUCCGGGACCCCAAAUCCCAGCGGACGCACCAGGCCCAGGUGGCAUUCCAAGUGUGCGUGCGCCCAGGCUCCUACACUCCGGGUCCCCCUUCUGCUGCCCUCAGAGAACCUCCAGACCCGCACUUCAGCCCAGCCGAACUUGAGUGGGUGACCAAGGAGAAGGGGGCCACACUCCUCUAUGCCCUGCUGGUCCGGGUGGAAUGAGGAAUGAGACCUCGCGACUACAAGCACAGGUGGGCCCUGGGCCCAGGACUCGGAGCGACGACUGCCUCCACCUCAUUCCAGAUGCACAUGCACGGCAUGCAGACGCACAGGAGCAUGUGGGCGGCUCGGGUUAGGCGGCGGGCGGGGCCCAGCCCCGCGUCCCGGCCCCAGGCCCUGGGUCGCCCCUCUUCAUGCACUGAUUUGGGGAACACGACUCCCUGUCCCCCCACCCCGUAUCACUUAAUUUAUUUCCGUUUUUGUUCCUGGUUACUGUGAAUCCCAGAGGAGUCUCCCUGUGCCCCACACGAAGCUGCUUUCCCGAGGGCCGGCUGGGCGGGAGUGGGGAAGGGCGGGCGCGAGGGAGGGGCCCUCUGUACAGUCGUUACUCUGAUUUCUAAGGAGCCAAUAAACACCGUCUCGGAACCCA